AAAUCAUUACUAAUCAUUUAAUGUCGUAUUUAUUAUUGUAAGUGGGAAUGAUAUUUGUCUCAUACGCAUUUAUAAAAUUUCUAUUUCCGUUUUAGUCCGUACAAGUUAUUUCAUCCAAACAAUUGUUAGAUUAUAAAAAUUCCACGUUCAACCAGUAAUUAGAACAAUUAUCGAAAGUUUUAAGGAUAACAAAAAACAUGACUUCAAAAAUAUGGGAAGACGAAAAGGAUUGCAGUUGUCCACGAGCCUGUUUGGCCAAGUAUACGAAUUCCAGUAAUAUUCAACUGCGCUGUGUAACUGCAAGCUAUUACUUUCCAAGACUUGAUCAUGUUAGUAAAUUACAAGCUGAUUUGAAAAACGGGAUCGAACUAAUGUCUAAUGGUAAAACACUCAAAGAAGAAGAAGGAUUAGACUUUUUCGAGUACCGUGUGUCUGCUGUCAUAUCAGCAAGGGACCUGAUUUUAGACCUUGAAAAAUGUCCAAAGGCAAGAGAAAUCAUCAAGGGUACGAUCUACGAAACAUUCUACUUCAAAAUGAAAGAAAAAUAUUCAGAAGCUAUCGAUAAACUUAUGAAAAUUAGCGAUGAAGAUAUCCUGUGGCUGGAAUACGAUCCUCACUACGAGAUUGAUUUGUAAUUACCUAUUAAUCAAUUAUUACUC